AUGCCGGAUCAGCCAGCAGACUCUAGCAACAGGAUCGAGGAGAUCAGGGAGACGAAUGCUUGGUUCCUGGACUCUGUCUUCUUCUACGGCGAUCGCUUUUACCAGUUUGCGCGACGCUUGAUUGAUGCUCUGUCAAGACUGCAUCAGGCGGUCCGUGACGGCCAGCUGCCACCUACUGCCGCACGGCGGGCGGCUGCUUUCAUCAUUGCUUGUUCACGGCUCGAUACAGCGGCAGAAGCGCUCCGAGUGGAAGGAAAUGCGAAGGCCCCUGGGACCAACCCUCCCGCCAUGCCCUCGAGCGCCACGCCGUGCGAUGGGCGGCCGGGCGGAGGAAUGUGCAUCCGCCCGGUCGAGCCUGGGCAGGCCAUGGCUGCGAUAGUGGGUAGAUCCACAGCCAACGCCCAUGGAGACAGCGCCGACUGCGAGACUAUGCCAGUGCCAGUGAAGGGCGCCAGAAAAGGCGACGGCCCACGAAAGAUCCUGUCGAAUGUGACCUGCGAGUUCCCGCCGGGAAGGCUGUCCGCGAUCAUGGGUGCAAGUGGUUCGGGCAAGACGUCCGUGCUGACCGCCAUUCGUGGCCUUCAGGCUGCUGACUCCGAGAUGUGCGGACAGGUUCUUUGCGAUGGCCAUCCGGUCAAGAUGGACACCAUGCGCCACUUGGCAAGUGCGGUCCCACAGGAGGACGUAUUUCUCGCAGCUUUGACCCCGAGGGAGACCUUGGGCUUUGCAGCCGAGCUGCGUCUGCCCACCACCUGGGGCCCCGAGGCGAGAACCAAGCGUGUCGAGGAGGUGAUUAAGCUUCUCAACAUCGAGAAGUGUGCCGAUACAGCUAUCGGAGAUGAAAAGAUGGGGCUGCGAGGGAUUUCAGGGGGCGAGCGUCGGCGCUUGAGUGUGGGCCUGGCAAUCAUUGGCGGCUUGCCCGAGGUCCUGCUUUGCGACGAGCCCACAAGUGGCCUCGACUCCGCCGCAGCCACCAACAUUGUCGCCCUCAUGAAGGCUUUGGCUGGCCGCGGAGUGACGGUGUUGGCUGCCAUCCAUCAACCGUCGUAUGCGAUCUUCAGCGAGUUCGACUACCUGCUGCUUCUUGAGGUUGGGGUCGUGGUCUACAGUGGCGAGGUAGCGAAGGCGGAGGCGUAUUUCGCGAAGCACGGGGCUCCGACGCCCGAGAAGACAAAUCCAGCGCAUCACUUCGUGCAAAUUGUACAGGAUGAGAGCAGCAAGUGGAUCGAGACCUGGCAGAAGGCAGCCCCGGCGCAGAAGCCAAUUUCCGCAACAGACAGCUUGCCAGGGAAGGCUGCCGAUAUGCCGAGCAUGUGGCAGCAAACGUGCAUUCUGACCAGACGCACACUACUGGAAAACUUCAAAAACAAGAAGAAGCUCGUUGCUCAGUUUGACGCCACUCCGCCGUGGGAAGAGUUCGCUGCCGAGAUCAUGUCUCGUGUGCCUCCAUCUAUCAUGAUCGGCUGCAUCUUCUACCAGAUGGGAGCGGAAUUCACCCAGAAGAACAUCUUCCCUAUCAAGGGCGUGAUGUUCCUCUGCGCGAGCCUCAUUCUCCGUCGCGGCCUUCGACCGGCGGCAGAGGUCGUGGACUGCGGGACCAAGGGCCAAGGCGUCCUAGCCGCACAGGACAUUCGUCCUGGGGAGGUUCUCUCGUGCGAGAAGCCACUCAUGAGACUGACGGUGAACGGGCACGACUCUUCUUGGUACGAUGAUGCCAAAGAGCAGUUCCAGAGGUCAAAAGAAGAUCUCCAACGGCGGAUCUUCUCUUUGGCGGACACCUUCUCCGAGGGCCCGAAGACUUUGCUCGGAAUCCUCAGGACCAACCUCUUCUCUGCAGAUGAAUCUGAUGAUGUCCUUCUGUGCGAAACGGCAAGUCGUUUCAACCACUCUUGCAAUGCGAAUUGCGAGCAGAUCUGGAACCAGGAGACCCUCCGCAUGGAAGUGCGUUCAUGCACAUACAUCCAAGCAGGGCAGGAGCUGUGUGUCCGCUACAUCGACAUCCGAGGUGCGAUGAGCUAUCGCCAGUAUUUGCUGAAGAAGAUGUUCGGAUUUGACUGUGCCUGCGAGGUAUGUGCUCGUGGUGCUGAUGACGACAGUGACUCCCGGCGCAGUGAAAUGGCUUGUCUCUCCGAUGUUCUGGACCACGUGGAGCCGGGCCAGGAGGAGGUUUCGACAAGCACUUUGCUGCGACGGGUGAGGCGGCUGCUGGAUCUCUAUGACGAAGAAGGUUUGCAUGAUCAGAGCAGCCGGCUCUUGGCGUACGAGGCUGCUGCAGCUUUGGAAGACUACCGAGGCAAGAUUGCUGGCUCGCAUCGCUGGCUUCAGAGGGCGCUACGUUGUUCAGAGAUGAUCCGAGGAAGCGAGCAUCCAGCCACACGUGAGCUGCGAGCGAGGGAAGUGCGAACUCAGGCGUUGGUUUGUGGCAGCGAGCGAGAGCAAAAGGAUCUACAGCAGAACCCUUUGAUUGAGUCCUUCUACGCAGGUGCGGCAACUUUCCAGCAGACCAAAGGACUUCUCAAGCGUGAGUACUACGAUGGAGUCUACCAGGUCCUUCCAUACUACAUGGCCUACUACACCGGCUUUCUCGCCAUGCAGGUUCCAUGGACUCUCGCAUGGGCGACGCCGCUGUACUUGCUCAUUGGGCUACCGUUGGAUGCGUACCGCUUCGGUGUGUUUGUGCUGACGACCUUCCUGGUGCUCCUUUUCGCUUGUGUGGCUGGCUCUGCAGUGGGAGCCAAGACACGCGACGCGGACGGCAAUCGAGCAGUUCUGAUGCCGCUCAUCAUUCCUGCUACGCUAUUUUCAGGAUAUGUCAUUCCUUUUGACCAGAUACCCAGAAUCUGGCUGCCGUUCUACUACAUGUCACCGAUCAUGUGGGCAAUGAGUAUUUUCGAGACGAGCCUCUACGAGGGCGUCGUCUUCGAGGACUGCAACCCGAACAUGCCCAUGUGGAGACGACGAUGCUGGGCCACUGGCGACGAGUACCUCGAGCAUGCCACCUGUGAAGUUGCGCAGAAGCUCGGAGUGCCAGGUAUGCUUGCAGUGUGCACGGCGUACCUGAUUGUCGGCCUUCUCCUCAACGUCCGCAUGAUCCAUCGGGCAGUUCUCGAUGGCCACGUCUGA